UCUGUAAAGCGCUUCACGGAAUGCCUGGCACCAGUAAAUGCGCAGCAGGAGUCAGCUGUACGCGAUUCUCACGGCUCCCGGGGGUGCAUUCUCCCCCUUGCAACCAGAGGAACCGCAAGUGACGCACUGCCGAGCGGGUUAAGCCCGAACGCGCACGUCAGCGAGGAGGCACUUUGACCCCUGCGGCCGCCGUCGCCGCGCAUGCGUGCAGGACGCGGCGGGACGGGGUGUCAUGGCGCGCGCCGUGUGAAGCUCGCGGGCUCCGGGCAGCGGCGUGCGGGGAUCCUCUCCCGUCGGGCCGACUCAUCUUUCAAGAGGAUUUGAGACUAAUUGCAGAUAAUCAAGAUGCCUUCUGCAUCCUGUAACAUACUACUGGAUGACAUAGAAGAUAUUGUGUCACAGGAAGAUUCGAAGCCACAGGACAGGCAUUUUGCAAGAAAGCACAUUGUUCCAAAAGUGCGAAAGCGAAAUACCCAAAAACACUUGCAAGAAGAAAGGCCACCAAGUGAUAGCACUAUUCCCGGCAUACAGAAAAUUUGGAUACGAACAUGGGGUUGUUCUCAUAAUAAUUCAGAUGGAGAAUAUAUGGCUGGACAACUCGCUGCUUAUGGAUAUAAAAUUACAGAAAAUGCAUCUGACGCAGACUUAUGGCUCCUGAAUAGUUGUACAGUAAAAAACCCUGCAGAAGACCACUUCAGAAACUCAAUUAAAAAAGCUCAAGAGGAGAACAAGAAGAUCGUGCUGGCAGGAUGCGUCCCUCAAGCCCAGCCCCGCCAGGACUACCUCAAGGGCCUGAGUGUCGUAGGGGUUCAACAGAUAGAUCGAGUGGUAGAAGUUGUGGAGGAAACAAUUAAAGGUCAUUCUGUGAGACUCCUGGGUCAGAAAAAGGGUAAUGGAAAGCGGUUGGGGGGAGCACGACUGGAUCUGCCCAAGAUCAGGAAGAACCCACUGAUCGAGAUAAUUUCCAUCAAUACUGGGUGUCUCAACUCUUGUACCUACUGCAAAACUAAACACGCCAGAGGGGGUUUGGCCAGUUAUCCAGUUGAUGAACUAGUAGACAGAGCCAAACAGUCCUUUCAAGAGGGCGUUUGUGAGAUAUGGUUGACCAGCGAAGACACAGGGGCCUACGGCAGAGAUAUUGGCACCAGUCUCCCCACGCUGCUCUGGCAGCUGGUUGAAGUCAUCCCGGAGGGAGCGAUGCUGAGGCUCGGCAUGACGAACCCGCCCUAUAUUUUAGAGCAUCUGGAGGAAAUGGCCAAGAUCCUUAGUCACCCCAGAGUGUACGCCUUUCUGCACGUCCCGGUGCAGUCCGCCUCCGACGCGGUGCUCGCGGACAUGAGGAGGGAGUACUGCGUGGCCGACUUCAGGAGGGUGGUGGACUUCCUGAGAGAGAAAGUGCCUGGAAUAACUGUUGCUACAGAUAUUAUCUGUGGUUUUCCUGGAGAAACAGAUCAAGAUUUUCAAGAAACAGUGAAACUUGUCGAGGAGUACAAAUUUCCAAGCCUCUUUAUUAACCAGUUUUACCCAAGACCAGGGACUCCUGCUGCAAAAAUGGAACAAGUUCCAGCAAAAGUGAAAAAGCAGAGGACCAAAGAUCUUUCUCGAGUGUUUCAUUCUUACAGUCCGUAUGCUGACAAGAUUGGUGAAAGACAACAAGUGUUAGUAACAGAAGAAUCUUUUGAUUCCAAGUUUUAUGUUGCACACAAUCGAUUCUAUGAGCAGGUUCUAGUGCCCAAGAACCCCACAUUCAUGGGGAAAAUGGUCGAAGUGGACAUUUACGAAUCAGGAAAACACUUCAUGAAAGGGCAGCCAGUGUCCGACGCCAAAGUAUACACGCCUUCCAUCAGCAGCCCGCUGGCAAGAGGGGAAGUCUCGGGCUUAACGGAGUCUCUGCUGAAACACCACCUUAUGAGCGCAGCCCUCCUGAGUAACCCCUGCAAGAGAGACGCCACCAUCCAUGACACCCUGCUACCCCAGCCUUGCUGUUUUCCUCUGGGAUGCAGCUCACCAUCAGACAUACCAAGUAUUUAUUUGUUUCUUUUCUCCAUUUACCAAAACCGAAGCCCAAUCCGUGAGUGCUGGCAUACUGUGUCAUUCAUUUCCUUGUCUCUACUGUCUAAUACAGUGUCUAACAUGGAAUAAAUGCUUAGUAAAUGA